CCCAGCUCAUUUCGAGUGGCGGCUGUAUUGUUAUCCUGCUCAGUUAAAUAGACCGAAUUAUUGUCAACUGUUCGGCGUCACUUAAAAAAUCGGGAUAAAUAAAGCCAAUAAGAGACACAAAGUAAGAGAGGUUAUCCAACUUAUUGUUAUCCAAGUUCGGGAAUGGUAGUAACUUUGGGGUGGUUAGCGUAGGACAAAAGCAACCCGCGAUCCAGAGGCAACUCAACUUACUUACGGCACACAUUUAGUUAAUUCUACGCGCUACUCAUUUCUGUUUAGUUUUAAAGUCUUGGAGUGAAAAUGUCUUCAGUUAAUAAUCAUGCAACGAAGGUCGGCGAAAUAUUCACUGCGGCAGGAAUGGCUUUCAGUAAAUUGGGGGAGCUGACGAUGCAACUUCAUGCACCGUUGGAUUCAUCUGGAGGAUCAAUAUGGACGGACGAAGAAAUGGAAAUGAUGCGCUCUUGUAUUUCAAAAUUUGGAGAAGAAUUGGACGUUAUUUGUGAACGCGUCAAGUCUCGUAGCGCGUCACGCCGCCGAGCAACUUUGAAAAAGAAAACCUAUGAAGAGAUGGGAUUACCGUUACAGGGAACCCCACCAUCUGCAAUUGUGGUCAACUCAGUAAUGGGCAUCACUGCGUCGUCGUCUCCAUUACGGAAAGUGGUUGCAGCUAGUACACCCAUUCAACAGAAACCAAUCACCCCGACGUCCAUGAAGAAAAACUCUGAAGUUACUCUCAAUAUGUUGAACGCUUCCGAUGGCGAUGUGGAGAAUUUGAAUGCGAGACUCGACUUUGAUCCACCUUCAGUAUCGUCUUAAAGUAGCUUAAAAACAUGUCCUUAUAUUGUAUGUACAAUAUUACUCGUAUUUUUUGAAAAAAUAUAGCGUGUAAGCCUAACUGGUAUUUGUCUUUUAUAUAUAUGUUAUUGUUGGCGUAAAUGUUGUUAUCCUCGUCACGUAUGUAAAAGUUGCGUUCAACUCAUUGAGUUGAGAAAUAAAACAGUAUAUAGAAGUA